AUGGAGACCGCUUUCAAGCGCAAACCCCUGCCGGGCCCUCCGUCAGGUCCGCCGCCGCCUCCGGAUUUCGACCCCUUUCCCCAACGUCAACGCCCUCUCCGCGCCGCUCGGUCGACGCCAAACAUUCGGCAGUCUGUAGCGACAUCAAUCUACGAUCCACCGCCAGCGUAUGAGGAGUUCCCUGGAGUUGACGCUAACGGUCGCCUGGCUUUCGCCGCUCCUGUAUCGGACUUCGGACCUGGGAGGGUUCCAUCGCCAGGUCCUGCAACCCCAGCACCACACUUUUCUCCCAGUGUUUCUCCCGUUGCAGGUGGUAAGGACUCUCCCGCGCCGUCCAUUCCAGGGCCAUCCUUUCCUGGCCCUUCAACAGCCCAAACGUUUCCCCCCUGGAUCUUUCGUCCCUGGUCCUCCCACAACAGCAGAGACGUUUCCACUGGCACAUCGACCCCCUUUAUCACCCAAUUACACCCCAUCAGAAACCUCAUCAAAGAGUCUCAAUUGAAAGAAAAGACUUUCUGGCAAACCGCCCUAGACGAGACAAAGUAUUUCGCGGGCGGGCUGAUAAGUCAUCCGUUCGAGUACACCAAGCACUACUCCAUCCUCCGCCACUCGGGCGCGCUCGUAUGGUACCGCGGCCCCUCAACCUCCAUCACCAUCACAAUCUUCUCCGAUGCUCCUCUGCCAGCAACCCGGACAGUAUGGCUGCAGCAGAAGGGCUUCUCAGGCAACAUGGGCAUGAAUCUCAAGUCUCUGGUUGGCGCAAACACAUCAUGGCUCGACGUGACGCCUUCUAUGCAGGGGACACCCGCGGCCAUGACCGAGGGCGAUGAGAGGGGCUGUCAGCGCGACUUGAAGAAGUUUCUCAAAAAGGCACCCAAGAAUCUGGCAAAGCAUAUGCCCAGAGAGACACACGUCGUGCGCAUACCCGCGGCCGCCGAUGAUGGGUACUUCCGGCUCGUGCUAUGCACUGGAGGCGGUGGUGACGGGGGCAAGAGGAAGGUUCUUUGCCCAAGCCCCGUCUUCCGUGUUGCGAGUACGUCUACGGAUAUGAGUGUUACACGCGGCGCGAGCUUUGCCAGCAUGCCUCUGGAGCUUGGGAUCAAGGCCGGGUCUGUCGUAGCCACGACUGUCGUCAAUAGGUAUAUCGGACCAGCCGCCGCUGUGGUCCAGUCUAGAACGAAGAAGAUCUCGCAAGCAAAGUUUGUGACGAAGCACGCCGCUCAUAUCGCUUACGCAAAGUCCGGCAUAGAAAAGUCCGGCAUCAAGACGCAUGUCACGGCAUACGAGGAACAGUAUGCCUCCACAAGGAGUGGGGGAUACGACGCAUGGCAGUCCGGUGAAGCUGGGUUCCAAGAAGCCCCUCCCGAAGUAAUUGGUCCCGACUCCGGUCCUACCGAUCCAUUUCCAAUCAAGUUCGACGGCAAAAUUGUCCGCGGUACAGGAAGAGGAGGGAUGGAACUGGGCAUCCCGACAGCGAACCUCGAGGGUAUACCAGAAGACGUGAGGAUGCGAAUGCGUGGCGUUUACUUCGGCUGGGCGAGGGUCGUUCCCCGAUCCGGAUUGGAAGCGAUAUCGACAGACUGGCACGAGAGCAUCAUCACCGUCGGCCCCGCACCGUAUGCUACACCACGUGUAGCCGCUAAGAACGUCGCCACGGUUCACCUGAUCCACGAGUUUGGCGGCGCUCUGUUCCUCGACACAAAGCUCAAGGUUCUCGUCAUGGGCCAGUUGCGGAUGGCUGCGCCUCCCGUUGCUGGCUCUGAAGCCGCGCUUGAGGCCUACGGGGCGGAUGUAUUGCUCACUGUGGCUAGUCUGAGCCGUGACAGCUGGUGUCCUAUCGAGACGCGGGAGAGAAUGAGAACCAUGCGGAGCGAGAUGAGCUUGGCUGAUCGGUAUGUUGAGACGAGGGACAGAGUUCAGAAACAGGUAGACCGUAUGCCGGUUCAUUUGGCUGGGGUCCCAACAAUUCCAUUCCGAUCACCAGUCAGUAGGCGCCCCUCUAGGUCGGGGGGUCAGGUCAAACUGGCUGGUGGUGGAAGGGUUACAGGUCCGACAUUCAACACGCCCAUAGCCUACUCGACGACAGGCUCCGAGUUCAAUUCCCAGCGUGAGCGCCAAGAGAUGUAG